CUGUCGGUAUCAGUGUAUUCCCGAAAAAUGAUAGCAGUUAGGUGGUUAACGGCGUAAAAUGAGAAUAUCAUCUUUGUUCGGAGAUAAUAAUUAUCAAACUUAUAAAAUAUGGUUGAAAAGAACGUGAUUUUAAUUAUCUUUACGAUAUUUCUCAUUUCUUUAUGCACCAAAGUGUGUACGCAAUGCGUUCAAGCGUCACCGUGUUCCUGUACUUUACCGGAUGGAACUGGAUAUGACUUUUCUAUUCUUGGAAAACAAAGUCCGUUGAAUCUUACCAGCUUCGGAACAACUCAGAACAUAACAUACUGGUUCCAGCCGUGUAAAGAUGUAAUAUUCACGAGCAAUAAUGUCACUGAUGGGUGUAAUAAACCAGUAUCGUUGUGCACUUGGAAUUCUACCGAAAAAGGUCCUCAAAGUCGCGGAAAUGUAUCGGAAGCCACCUUACAACUUCAAUCGAGCAAUGAGCAUAUUCUUAUGCUAGUUUAUAAACACAAGAAUUAUACUACAAAAAUUCAUUUAAUAUGUUGUGGUGAAGGUUGUGUUACGAAUCUCCAAUUCGACAAUGGUAUUCCGACUGCUUCUCUUUCAACGACAUUGUUACUGUAUUCGCCUGCCGUAUGUAAACACCGGAGAGAAGGCAUUUCGGGCGGAUCUGUCUUUUUUAUAUUGUUGCUGGUUUUCCUUGGAGUCUACUUUAUCGGAGGCGCCUUGGCUCUGAAAUUUUUAAGAGGAGCUACUGGCUGGGAAAUGUUACCGAAUCAUAAGUUUUGGCUGGCUCUUGGAACAAAAAUCAGAAUCGGAUUCUCGUUCCUCUGCAGUGGCUGUCAAGAUAGUUACGAGCGAAUUUAAAUUUGUUUGCUACAUUUUACGUAUAAUACUGGAAAAAUGAAAAGAAGGCUGAUUUUUAUUCAUCCAUGCUCACUAAUUACUUUGUUUCUGGCAUGGUGUGAAUUGAUAUAGGUAUUUAUGUCUGUAUAAAGUAAUGUGUAUUUUCUAAAGCUAAUAAAAAUCUUGUAAAUUUUUUUAACUUA